GGGUGGCCCUUCCUACCUCAUCGCAGAGUGACAGUGGCAGAAGGACCCAGACCUUUAAUCCUGUUUCGCAGCAGGUUUAGCAGAGGAGCGGCUGCAGCAGCCUGGAAAUGACCAUGGAGAAGAUUCUGAAGGCAGAGCUGAACACCAACCUUCUGAAGGCACUGGGGAGCUCUGGGGGAGGAUGCAUCAGCCAAGGCCAAACAUAUGAGACAGACAGAGGACGGGUAUUUGUGAAAAUCAACCACAAACCUCAGGCUAGAAAAAUGUUUGAAGGGGAAAUGGCAAGUUUGGAAGCGAUUCAGAAAACCAAUAUUGUGAGAGUGCCUCAGCCCAUCAAAGUGAUGGACCUGCCUGGAGGAGGAGCCAUGUUUGCCAUGGAGUACCUAAAGAUGAAGCACCUCAACAAAUACGCUUCAAAGCUGGGAGAGCAGAUAGCAGAACUUCAUCUUUAUAACCAGAAACUUGGAGAGAAGCUGAGGACUGAAGGAAGCACAAUUGGAAAAGGAGCUGGUCACUCCGAGGCCCAGUUUGUGGAUCAGUUUGGAUUCCACACAGCCACUUGCUGUGGUUAUAUCCCACAGGUGAAUGAGUGGCAGAGUGACUGGCCAUCCUUCUUCAUCCGUCACCGACUCCAGGCUCAGCUGGAUUUGAUUGAAAAAGAGUAUGGAGACAGAGAAGCCAGAGAACUCUGGUCACAGCUAAAACCAAAGAUUCCUGAAAUGUUCUGUGAUGUAGAAAUUGUUCCUGCUCUCCUGCACGGGGACCUGUGGGCAGGGAAUGUGGCUGAGGACGACUCCGGGCCGAUCAUAUUUGACCCUGCCUGCUUCUAUGGCCAUUCAGAAUUUGAGUUGGCCAUUGCUGGAAUGUUUGGGGGGUUCAGCAGCUCUUUUUUCUCUGCCUAUCACAGUAAAAUACCCAAAGCUCCAGGAUUCGAGAAGAGGAACAAGUUGUAUCAGCUCUUUAAUUACAUGAACCACUGGAACCACUUUGGGACUGGGUACAGGGGCUCUACCCUAAACAUGAUGAAGAAACUUCUGAAGUAACCAGGUACAUUUGAGAAAUUCUGACACAGUCCCUUAGGAAUGAGCAGUCCCUCCUCAUCCCAAGUACCACAAACUCAGAAUUGAUGGUAGAACACCUGAUAUGGGGAAGGUUUAAUGCAGUUUGAGCCUCACUAAUUAAAGCAAUUGUGUAAUCUUUAACUUGUGCACUAGUUUCCCUGCACAGAUUCCUCCUUGCUGAAGGAAAGGGCUGCAGUGUUUGUCAAGGCUCCACUGGCCUGGAAAGCAGCAGGACACUCAGCCUGCCCUUGCUCUCUCACCUCAUAGCUGCUGUGCUCCCACAGUUGUUCCAGAGCAGCAUCUUCCCAGCCCUGCUGCUGCUCCAGCAGCAGUUUGUUGUGGACAGCUGCAGCUGUGGGACAGUGGUGCUGGAAGCAAGUUCUUGUGUCUGCCCUUGUUUGUUCUGGUUUAUCUUUCUGUCUGUUCCCCAUUAAUAUUUCCAUGGUCUUCUGUUUCCCUCUCCUUUCCUUUUGCCUGUCAAAUGUCCUAAUCCAAAAUUUCAGUCAGAUUCUGUGAAUCUGAAAACAUCCUCUUUUUAAUUUAAUGAGCAAUCAAGGCCCUUUGGCUGCAUUUGGCAAACACAUGUAAUUAAUAAUAUUUAUUUAACACAUGUAAUUUCUAAUAUUUAUUUUAAUUUAAUGUAAUUUAUUCACAUUCAUUUUUCCUUGCUAGAAGAACUUAAAUUCCAGUGGCAUUUUCUGGAAGGAUGUCUAGCUCCUUGGUAAUUAACUGUACAGUCAGAAGUAGGUAAUUAUCAUUCACAGUUGAUAAUAGCAUUUCAUUGUUUUGGUGUGAUAUAUCAGUGUGUUGUACUACAAUAGUAACAUAUGUAAAUAAUUUUGUAAAGAGACAGUCAAAUGUGGGAGGAAGGCUCUAUGGUUGGGUGAGAAGAAGCACCUGUGGCUGCUGGGUUGGUUGGUGCUUGACAUAUUUUCAAUUUUAGAAAAUGAGUGCAGUGGGCAAAGCUGGUCUGUUGUGCCACCACUGGGUUAUGGAAGGAACAGUGUCAAAUCUGAUGGAUUUGUAAAGGGUUUCAUUGUUCCUUACUGCUUUAUUUUUACAGAAAACACAGGCAGUGGGAAUUUGGGGAGAAAAGUGUUCAGCAAAGACACUGGUGCACAAUCUAAGCCAGGGUACAUUAGUGACUCUGGGCGGGUUAAGUGGAAGUGGCAAGGAGAGUAAAAGUAAGUCCAGUCCCACAGAUAAGAAUUAGAAGUUUUGGGUAAGAAUCACCUGAAUAUUCAGACUUCAGAUGGCUGGCAUGACUAAUACUAAAAUAUUAUAUGUAAAAUUGCUCAGAUAUAUUUAGACUUUUCUCAACUUUAAAUGGUUGUGCUAUAAAAGAUUUAACGAAGUUUAAAAUUUGAUGUUGUAAUUGAUUUAAAACAAUGCACUUAGCUCUCUGUAAAUAUGAUACAAAUAGUGAAAAAAUUUUGCUUCCUUUGAAUCAGGGGAAUCUUUCACAGUUGGUUAUAAAACUUAACAGAACUAAGAAUGGAAAAGUGGAACAGUAGGGUUGGAACACAGUUGGGAUUGUAGCUGAUGGCUGGAAGAUCUAGGUGUGAGCAAAGUGCAUGUGCACUGGUGUUUAUGAUGUGAACAAACCCACCUGUAUCACACUGGGAAGUACUUGUGAACUCAAACUUCUUCUCAAAUAAAACACUUGCCUUGCAGAAACCCA